GACGUCACACAUUGCAGCCUACAGUAGGGAAGUAAAAGGCAGCACUUCCUCCUUUAAACGCUGUACUCCACCUCACAAGUACGCUCCUUCACUCACAUUGUGUCACUUCUUCAAGGCUGACAAAGUCCUCCCACCUCAGUUCCCACUUCGGACUUCUUCUGGACGCUUCCAGCGGGCAGGAAAUACCGGAGUGAGGUUCUUUUUUUCUUCCCUCUGCGCGACAAUGGCUGGCGUCACUUUUUGGAAACACGGCGUGUGAAAACUUCCGCGGAGGUACUUUUUUUUUUUUUUUUUUUUUUGGUUAAAGUUGAGGUUAAUUUAAGAGGUAAACGAGGAGGACGAGAAGAUGAAAAAACAGUUCAACCGCAUGAGGCAACUUGCCAACCAAACCGUCGGAAGGGCUGAGAAGACCGAGGUGCUGAGUGAUGACCUCCUCCAGAUCGAGAGGCGCAUGGAGCUGGUGCGCUUGAUGUCGCACAACACGCACAAGAAGCUGGCGUCCUGUCUGCAGGGUCAGCCGGGCAUAGACACGGAGAAACGACAUAAAAAGCUGCCAUUGAAUGCACUCUCCCAAGCAAUGCAAGAGGGCGGCACACAGUUGGGCUACGAGAGUCUGAUUGGCAAGAUGAUGGACGUGUGCGGCGAGGCAGAAGCCAAGUUAGCCACUGAACUGAUGGUGCAUGAAGUGCAGAUCGAGAGGGAAAUCCUGGAUCCUCUUAACCAGCUAGCUGAGGUGGAGAUCCCUAACAUAUUAAAACAGAGGAAGCAACUCGCCAAACUGGUCUUGGACUAUGACUCUGCCAAGACAAGGUGGUACCAAGCUACCAAGUCCAGCAACCAGGCCAUGGCCACUAAGGUAGACUCCCUCAAGGACGAGAUGGACGAGGCCCUCAACAAAGUAGAAAUUUGCAAAGACCAGCUAUCGGCGGACUUGUAUAACUUUGCGUCCAAAGAAGGAGAAUAUGUGCGCUAUUAUCCCAUGUUAUUAGAGGCCCAGGCAGACUAUCACAGGAGGUCUCUGGCAGUGCUGGAAGACGUGAUACCGACUAUACAAUUGCAGAAAGAUUCCUGGACGGAGAAGCCGGCAUUUGGCACAUCUCUAGAGGAGCACUUGAAGCGGAGUAACCGAGAUGUCGCUCUGCCUAUCGAGGCCUGCGUUAUGAUGCUGCUGGAAACAGGGAUGAAGGAAGAGGGACUCUUCAGAAUAGCAGCCGGAGCGUCAAAACUAAAGAAGCUAAAAGCCGCCCUGGACUGUUCAACUUCCCAGCUUGAAGAGUUCUACUCUGACCCACACGCCGUCGCCGGAGCCCUCAAGUCUUACCUCAGAGAACUUCCCGAACCUCUCAUGACUUUUGGCCUUUAUGACGAGUGGACGCAGGCAUCCAAUGUGUCAGACCCUGACAAGAGACUUCAGGCUUUGUGGGUGACUUGUGACCGUUUGCCAAAGACUCACAAAGCCAACUUCAGGUACCUGGUGAAGUUUCUGGCCAAACUGGCUCAAGACAGUGACGCCAACAAGAUGACUCCCAGCAACAUCGCCAUCGUCCUGGGGCCCAACCUGCUGUGGGCAAAAUCCGAAGGGACACUGGCGGAAAUAGCUGCUGCUACAUCGGUCCACGCAAUCGCCAUCAUCGAGCCCAUUAUCCAGCACGCCGAUUGGUUCUUUCCUGAAGAGGUGGACUUCAAUGUGUCGGGCAUGUUCGCCAUGCCCACCCACCCGUCGACGCCAGACUCCGAGAGGAAACGCCCCGGCAGCGUGUUGGGGCAGGACGGGGACAACGCUGCUCACCCUUCCCGUAAAGAAAGUACCAUUAACAAACAUCCGGAGUCCAGCCCUCGUAGAGCCGGCACCACUAUUAGAAAGCAGCCACAGCAAACCUCGCCCACCUUCGCACCGGAACACGCCACAUUUGAGCCCCAACUCCGAGCGGCGACCCCAGAGGUCGAGCAGCCGGGCUCGGACAGUUUUGGUUCAGGCGUCCAGGUAGCCAGCGUGCAACCUCAUUGCGUCACCCAGCUCAGCACAGGGGAGAGCAGCCCGGCCCGCGAACACGCUUCCACCCCCGACCCACAGAGGAAUGGUUCUGUCCAGCUUGCAGCAGGGACCCCACACUCCCAAGGGGGCUCCAGAGGGGCGAGUCCUCACUUGAGCCGCAGAGGAACCAAAAAACAGGCGCCAGCACCACCCAAACAAACCAGUCCCUUCGCAUCUCAGUCCAGCAACCACACCCCAGGGUCCCCGCACUACCCGCCCAUCACCCCUCGACGGCAGGCUAGCAAAGAGAGCCCCAUCCACGCCCCAAGCCAUCCUCCCCCGCAGCCGCCUCAACCCCAACAGGCUGAGCGGGAGCCCUCGCCGCCUCGGACACCAUCCCCGCCCCGCACGCCGCCUCACGACGGAUCCCCCUCCCACCCGCUGUUCGCUUACAGUACCGGAUCUCUCCCUCGACCCUCUCGGCCGGCGCCCAAACCACGACCCCGGCCUAACAUGCCGCCGCCCCCACAACCUGUGGUAAGCGAUGGCGGCAUCUUUGGCUCCGCCUCAAGGUUCAUCACAGACAGCGGCCUGGUCAUAAAGGGCAUUGGGCGAGCCUGGAACCCAGAGGUGAUGGAGGGCCAACAAGAUGGUCCACCUGCUCAGAACCAAAAAAAGCCAACCCCUGACUCCAGUAAGCAGGCAGAGAGCACCUGCCUGUGAGUGUCCAUUGAGGUCAGGAUAUCAAGACUUGAUGUUGGCUAAUUAAAAACAAAAAACAAAAAAAAAAGGGUCCAGAGGACGUUUUUGUAGAUUCAAUAAGGCUUUGUUGGCAGUCUAACAGGUCUGAUAGUGUUUUUUAAUAUUAUUCAUUUAUUUAAAGGGGAUGUUUUGCAGCAUUUAUACGGAUGCCUAGAGGGCCCCUAUUUUCGACGAUGCCCGUAUGUAACACAUGCACACACCUUGGCUUUGUGUGUGGUCAGCUAAUGAUAGCCAUUUAGCUACCAACGCUAGCUAUCAUUUAAUAUAUAUAUAUAUAUAUAUUGGAUCAUAACAUGUCUGAAAAUCGUUUGUGGCUUCUCUGGGACUAUCGUGGUGUACAUGUGUACAAGACGGCAGUGAGUGACAUGCAUGAGCGCCAAACAAAAUCCUCAGACCGACACGCAAUUUUUACCAAUAUAGACAUUAAAUUAAAAAAAUUAAAACGUCAAACCCAUACUUGCCAACCCUCCCGGAUUUUCCGGGAGACUCCCGAAAUUCAGCGCCUCUCCCGAAAACCUCCCGGGACAAAUUUUCUCCCGAAAAUCUCUCGAAAUUCAGGCGGACUCAGGUCCUGCCCAAUAUAAAAAAGCGUACCUGCCCAAUCACGUUAUAACUAUAGAAUGAUGUAGGGCGAGUUCUUGGUUUCUUAUGUGGGUUUAUUGUUAGGCAGUUUCAUUAACGUCCUCCCAGCGCGGUAACAACACACAACAACAGCAGUCACUUUUUUGUCUACCGUAAAGCAGUUCGUCUGCCGUAAACAGCAAUGUUGUGACACUCUUAAACAGGACAAUACUGCCAUCUAGUGCAUUUGAUGAAAGCACUUUUGUGCGUGCCACACAGCAAUGCAUCAUCAGAGAGGGUGUUCAGCAUGGUUCGAAAAAUAGUGACAGAGAAUAGAACAAGG